AUGAGAGAUCUAAAUCGAAUCAAAUCUCUAUCAAAUCAUACGCUCAGGUUGGGUGGCGCCAUGGGAGGCGGUUUUAGAGUGUUACAUCUGGUUAGACCAUUUCUUGCAUUUUUGCCAGAAGUCCAAAGCGCAGAUAGGAAAGUUCCCUUCAGAGAGAAGCUAUUGGCUGGGUCAAAGAUUAUUGAAGUGGACAACAAUGUUCGUGAGGAUCGUGCACUAUUGAAUGGUGCUCAGAAGUUGCUGGGAAUCUUGAUUGCGGUUGGUGAGGCUGUGGCUUAUGUUCUAUCAGGAAUGUAUGGCAGUGUUGGUCAGCUUGGUGUUGGGAAUGCUAUUCUGAUCAUUGUUCAGCUAUGUUUUGCUGGGAUCAUUGUGAUAUGUUUAGAUGAACUUCUCCAGAAGGGAUAUGGCCUUGGAUCUGGAAUUUCAUUGUUCAUAGCCACUAAUAUCUGUGAAAGCAUCAUCUGGAAAGCAUUUAGCCCAACAACCAUAAACAGUGGACGUGGUGCUGAAUUUGAGGGUGCAGUUAUUGCAUUAUUCCAUCUUCUGAUUACCCGGUCAGAUAAAGUUCGGGCACUCCGGGAAGCUUUCUACAGGCAAAAUCUUCCAAAUGUGACAAAUCUACUGGCUACUGUUUUAAUCUUCCUGAUUGUCAUCUACUUCCAAGGUUUCCGGGUAGUCUUGCCUGUGAGAUCCAAGAAUGCCCGUGGCCAACAAGGCUCUUAUCCCAUCAAGCUCUUCUACACUUCCAACAUGCCAAUCAUUCUUCAAUCCGCACUUGUUUCCAACCUUUAUUUCAUCUCUCAGUUGCUACACAGAAAAUACAGUGGAAAUUUCUUGGUUGAUCUAUUGGGAAAGUGGAAGGAGUCUGAAUACUCUGGCCAGUCUGUCCCUGUUGGCGGCAUUGCUUACUAUGUCACUGCACCUUCAAGUUUGGCAGAUAUGGCAGCAAACCCAUUCCAUGCUCUUUUCUACUUGGUGUUCAUGCUGACAGCUUGUGCACUAUUCUCAAAAACUUGGAUUGAAGUUUCCGGAUCAUCUGCUAGAGAUGUGGCCAAGCAACUGAAGGAGCAACAAAUGGUGAUGCCUGGGCAUCGGGACUCGAACCUACAGAAGGAGCUGAACAGGUACAUUCCAACAGCAGCUGCAUUCGGAGGAAUGUGCAUCGGGGCGUUGACUGUUUUGGCAGAUUUCAUGGGAGCCAUUGGUUCAGGCACUGGGAUUUUGCUUGCCGUCACAAUCAUCUACCAAUACUUUGAGACUUUUGAGAAGGAGAAAGCAAGUGAACUUGGUCUCUUUGGCUUUUAACUCUUCUUGUCUUUAGAUGCCUCCUCUCCUCUCCUCUCCUCUCCUCUCUCUUUAGACAAUUUUGUUUUUUUGUAGAAGAAGAAUUUAACUUUACAAUUUCAAUCUUAUUUCUUCUCACGCCAAUACCAUUAUACCUUUUAUUUUCUUUCAUGUACCAUUACUUUCUCAGGUUAUAAGUUUCUGUGCAAACCCGAC